UAUUAUCAUUGUCAUAUCUCAUUAUCAGUAAUUUACUAGUCUCGUGUCUUUCUGGUAUUAUCACCCAUCAUUCUCAGUAUUGAUUGAUUGAUCAAGUGCUGUCUGUAAAUAUACUCUUUUUCUCCUUUUGAACGUCUCUAUGGAGGAGCUCGUCCUGCAGGAGACUAUCCAAAUAAAUCUAAUUAAAAUACGCUCAUCCGAGUCAUGGAUCAUCCCACGGAAACAAUUGUUGAUUCAUUGUCGGACAUGCCUCAGGAGCUGACAGCUGACAUGAAAGCCGCCCUGAAAAGGCAAGAAUCUCGGUUGGUAUCAGAAUUUCAAGCCAACAAAUUAGAAGCUGAAGCCAAAAAAUUUUGGGACAAAUUUUAUAAACGGAAUGAAUGCAGAUUCUUCAAGGAUCGAAAUUGGACCGGUCGAGAAUUUGGAGAGCUGAUUACGGAGGACACUAAGCACAAAAUAUUGCUAGAAAUUGGCUGCGGUGUCGGAAAUUUUCUCUAUCCUCUAUUGAAAAGUGGAUUUCAAGGUUUUGCACUUGCCUGUGACCUGUCGUCGAAGGCCAUUGAACUUGUAAAAGCAAAUGAGGAUUAUGAUGCUGACCGUAUCAACGCUUUUGCUUCUGAUGUGACAUCUGAAGAUUUCUGUGACAACCUCAUCUCCAAUUCUAUUGAUUAUGUUACCUUGAUUUUUGUAUUAUCUGCAAUACAUCCGGAUAAACAUGUAAAUGUUGUCAAAAAUAUUUAUCGAGUCCUCAAACCAGGAGGCAUAGUCUACCUGAGAGACUAUGGUCUACAUGAUAUGACCCAGCUCCGAUUCCAACCGGGUCAUAAGAUAUCUACCAACUUUUAUAUGAGACAAGACGGGACCAGAUCCUACUUUUUUUCAACUGAAGAGCUUGCAGACUUAUUUUCAAAAACUGGCUUUCAAAUCUUAACAAACUCAUAUGUAAAUAGAAGAACUGUAAAUUUAAAAGAAAACAUUGAUGUACCUCGAAUUUUUGUCCAGGCCAAAGUCUGUAAACCCUGAUAGUUGCACUUAAGUAAUUUUAGUUAGACAGUUGUGAGCAUAAGAAAACUAUCCACCAUUGAAAUAUUUAGGGAAAAGGCAGGAAAACAAUCACUUUUAUUUCAUACGUAAAGAGUAUCUUAAUUUUUGAUUGAAAAGGAAGGAAAAAAUUCAAGGUUAUCAGAUCAAAGAGUUUCUAAAAAAAUUCGUAAGAUUUAUUUUCUAAUAAGUUUUUGACAGAAUUCCCAGUCACUACGCCUCCUCUCUACGGAACGUUUUGCCUCAAUUUGUCACAAUGGAAAGAAAAAUUAUGAAGUUGCAACAAAUAUUGACUGACUUAAUAUUGCAAUCGCAGUUAUCCAGCUCCCAAGAGCAACUACUGAGAGAAAAAGUGAAAGCAAAUUAUGUGAUAUUUUGUUGUACAUGGUACAUGUUUGUUUAAUUUGAAUAAUGUGUUUAAUUGUUAAGCCUGUUUCAUUUCAUAUUACCUUAAUUCUAUUUUAAACA